AUGCCAUCAUCGCCUGUAAUCAACAUCCCCUCUAUUGAUGGAGCUGCCAUUCGUCGUAGGCUUGACAGGGCCUAUCGUGCUCCUUCCCACAAAUACGGGAAGGAACCGCCUGAUCCUGACGUCGGGCUCAUGACAAUUGAAGUUAGAUUCUUUCCUCAUCAUUCCUGCGCUGUAAUGAAGGUACUUCUCACGAUACCAGAAAGAAUCACAGUGGGAGAGCUAAAACAGCAAGUAUUGGAGCAGGCAGCUAUUGAGCCAGAAAUCAGACAAAAAAUGAACAACCAGAACGCACACUUACGACUCUUUCUCGAUGACGGUAAAGAGGAAGAGCUCGUUCCCAGCAGUUCUCUGCUUAUUGAAGAUCAUGGUUUUCGCACUGCUUCCCAUCUGAUGGGGAGAAGAAAGGAUCGAGCUUAUCUUCUCCUGAUUGCAGAAUACAUCCUAGAUAUACACGUAACCAGAUAUCCUGAGGCUAGUCGACAACAUCUUGCGACUAAUAAUUUAUCACAAGAAGACGAGGUUUGCAGCUCUGGUGGUGAAUUUGGACUUGGCUGUGUGGUUAGGGUGCCUAUUACUGGUGUUUACGGUCUUAACAGAUUGCACCACAUCAAAGAGAUGAUCAGUCUGGAAACCAAUAUGCCAACCAGCCGUCUGCGAAUCUACCGCAAGGGUCAAGAAAACGCAGACACCGUCACAAUGUAUGUUCCGUUGAAUGCAAAUCGCGAACAAUGGUACACAAUGUGGGUGAAUGAUUGGGAGAUAUCUGUUCGAACACUACAGGGUACUGUGUUCCUUUUGGGAGUAGACUCUGACCAAACUGUUGAAGAUCUUCAAAAGCAAAUUGCCAAAAAGGCCAGCAUUCAAGAACAGGACCAUGUUCUCAUUUUGAGUGAUGGGAAGAUGCUGGGAAAUGAGCAGCUAAGCUGGGCUCUGGAAAGGUGUGGAGUGACAAAUCAUAGUACGGUAUAUGUUGUCUUGAAGCAAUACAUCCCAUUGUCCUCAGAGGUUGUUGAUGGUAAACAAACUGGCUGCACCAUUCCAAGGCAGAACACCGUGGAAUCACCCUGGGACAGUUGCGAAAGGUCGCAGCCGUGA